UCCUCAGUACGCCUCGAACGCAAUCGAAGGAGAUACGCGAACGGCGCAUGGUGUUGUAGCGACCACUUCAUUCCGGGUUUCCAACACUUUCGGUCGUAAUGUGAAACUCGUCGCGGUGAUCGUGUAGUUAACGAUGGAUCUGGUCGAUGGUUGAUUAACCAACUGCGUGUCUUAAUCUGUGUGGUGAUUAUUUUGAUUUGAUGAGCAUUUCGUUCAAUACUGCUUUCAUCGGCGUAUCUAAACAUUCAGCGGAACCAUUUUCAACGAAGCAAUUGUGAAAUAGCAACAUUGAUCGUAAAUUGUGCACGGAAAAAAGUUAAUGAAACAAAAAAGCAAACGAGUUUAUAUAAAUGAAAUGAGUUUGUAUGUACAAACGUACAGUGGUGACAUUAAUCCAUGUAACACGUGUUCCGAAUGUCAAUACCGCAAUAAUGGAAAACUAAAACCUGUAAAAUUGUGUACAAUCUGUGGUGCGAUUGGUGUUUAGUAAAAGUGUUAUUAGCAACAGAACGUACAUCAUUCUCGUUCUGCAGCACUGCAAUUCGCAAGGUGUCCUACCAUUUUAAACAGUGAAAUAAUUAAAAAAAUAUGAGUGACAAACAAAGUUUAUUGAGCGUUGCAUCAUGAUACAAACAACGGUGUGUUCUAGGGAUGAUCGAUAUGUAUAAAUCCCUUGCCAUUUGCUGCUGACAAUUUGCGUUUCAUAAUCAACUACACAACCUAAAUCCCAACAAAUACCGUUACAGUUGAUUCGAGACUUGUUGAUGCUUCUUUUUGUGCACAGUGUGUGAGUAUGUGAUAUGUGAUUAAAUAUAAGUUUUAGAAGUCAUUCAAUUAGUUUGCUCUUCUUUGUGUAUGAUUCGUGAUGAAACACCUGUUUUGAUAUUUAACCGGUUAUUCGGAAAAUACUUCUACGUGCUGCAACUGAUACAACCACCAUCGUUAGGUUGUAACAAAACCCGUCAUAUAUAAAUCGUCUACAGGAAAACCUGAGUGAUCCGAAAAGAUUUUUUUCAGAUUUUACUGAUUACGUACGGAGACAAUUAAACUGCACAAACAUGGAUGCCAACAAUUUUGUGAUGUCUUCCUAUCAGUUCGUUAACUCGAUUGCCUCCUGCUAUCCUAACAACGCACAAAACACAAAUAGCUCACCGAAUACGGCUGGAAGUCAAGGUGGUCAAAGUGAUGGAUACUUCCCACCCUCGGCAUACACUCCAAAUAUUUAUCCCGGCACGCCACACCAAGCUCACUACAGCCCUCAGACGUACAACCCGCUCGCCGGGGCCGGAGCAACCAGCGUAAACAGUGCUAGUGCAGGCCCUGUAGGUGGUGGACAUCAGCCUAGCGACAUGGUCGAUUACACACAGUUACAACCACAAAAAUUCCUCCUCUCACAGCAACAGCAACAGCAGCAGCAGCAGCAACAACAACAGUCCGCCCUUAGUUCGCAAAGUUGUAAAUAUGCCAGUGAUGGUCCUAGUACAGGUACAAAUGUAGUUAAUAACAACAAUAACAAUAGCACCACAAGUCCUCAGGAUUUGAGUACGGCUGGUGGAGGAGGCAAUGGCAAUGGCACAAAUGAUGGCAAUAGUGGUAGGACCGAGAUUUCGCCAAAACUGUCACCAGGCUCGGUGGUAGAAAGUGUAACCCGAUCACUAAAAUCUGGCAAUCCAUCCACGGCCGUGAGUUCGAGCAACACGAACAACAAUACCAGCAACAUUAGCAAUCGAAACCAAGUGAACCUGCCACUGGGUAGCCCGGAGGAUGAAUCAGACGCUAGCGAUGAUGAUAGUGGCACGGAAGGAGGCAGUUCUCAAGGAGGCGGUGGAAAUGGUGGCAAGAAAGGAGGACCUCCACCUCACAUCUAUCCAUGGAUGAAACGUGUGCAUAUCGGACAAAGUACGGUGAACGCUAAUGGAGAAACCAAGCGCCAGCGCACUUCUUACACGCGUUAUCAAACGCUCGAACUGGAGAAAGAGUUUCACUUCAACCGAUACUUAACGCGCAGACGACGGAUCGAGAUAGCGCACGCCCUCUGUCUGACCGAGCGACAGAUCAAGAUCUGGUUCCAGAACCGACGGAUGAAGUGGAAGAAAGAACACAAGAUGGCCUCGAUGAAUAUUGUGCCGUAUCACAUGUCGCCGUACGGCCAUCCUUAUCAAUUUGAUAUUCAUCCUUCACAGUUUGCGCACCUGAGCGCAUAGGACGCGUGGCACUUUUCGGGUACUGGUUAGAGACUCAACCAGCUCUAUCAGGAACAGUAUCAGGGAUAUCAGGGCAAUCAGGACAGCGUACUGUUUGGCGGCAGCGGUGUAAGUGGCGGUGGUGGCAGCAGUACGCCUUCUGAUACCACCAAAUACAAUCAGGAGUUUUGAUUGUCCCCUGGUCUACCAGCUAUCUCACAUUGCGACUUGCACUGACCAAUCAAACGGGUACGGGAAACUUCUUUCCAGGCGUCUUUAAGCGGGAGGCGCCUCGAAGAUGCUCGCAAGUCCGUGAUAUCUCUGAUGGAAUGCUUCACAGCAACUGUAACUGUUUUUUGAGCUGCCGUUGGGAGGAGAACACAACAUGAAUGGGAACUGUGACAGUCAACAUUCAUCAUUCAACAGAAUGCACGCUGCAUACGGCACACUUAUUGAAGUGUGUUAAGAUUGUACGCUCACAAAUUGAUAUGAGAAUUUCGGACUCGUUUUCUUCCACUGUAUCAAAAACCUUUCCCUACCUAUCCCAUCCAUUGAUUGACAUCCAUUGGCUAUCCAUACUGUCUGUACUCUUGUAUAUAAUGUUCACUACACUUUCCAACUCCCUGUCCACCAUACGUACAGUGGAAGCAAACGACGGUGGGUUCUCCUAUCGAUUGCAAGCUCUUCUCUAAUCAGUAUUCGAAAAGCUAGCCUCGCAUUCCACGAGGCAUCCAAGUAAUAGUUUGUAAGUCAAGUUUCUAAAAUGUACGCGUAACAUUUUCUAGGCUAAGUCAGUGUUGCGAAUGUUAAGGUACCUUUUUUUCGAGCGGCAAUACUAAAAUAUACUCUCAUUCUCAUGCAGUCCAACCAUCCUCGACAUGAGAUUUCUGCGUAGGUUUUACACCAAUGAAGAUCAUUUAGCAUAAUGAGCAUGGUUGCGGCGUCAGAUAGCAAUCACAGAUUUGUUUUUCAACAAACUGCAUCUGUUUCUUUGUUUGUUUUUGUUCGUAAAAAUCUAUACAUUUGUUUAGCAUAUACAAAAAUUGGUGGUUCAAUUAAAACGUGUGCUUUGCAUUGUCUCUGUUCACAUGGUCUUGGUAUAAGUAAACAACCACUGCAUGGUUGAUGGUAGUGCAUCAAUACAUAGUGGUUGGUAGUGCAAAGUUGGCCGAACACAUCAAUUAUAGUGCCGAAAUUGUUUAAAUGAAUAAGACGAUUAAUUACAGUCCAGAAAAGUAGAACUUUAUUAUUUAUUUAAAUUCUCAGUGAACCUCACGCCAACAAAACUAGGUAAAAUUUUGUAGGUAACAAAGAUGGUGCGAUGUUGUAUUUCAUAAUAUUCCUCGAAAUCUGUCACAACGAAAUGUAAAUGUUUUACACAUUGAUGAAAAAUUAGGUUCUCUCGUUAUCGUAGGUACGCCGUAUUCCAGUUAUGUGACAAUUUAGUUUAUUUUAGCAUGAACAGCAUGUACUUAAUGCCUAAAUCUAUCUUGUUGAUUUUUAUUUACAUUAUUUUAAAUUAUGUACCACUUUAUCCUUCAUUACGACUGUAUGUGACAUCAAGAGGAUAACAGUUAUUCACUCAUUGUAGAUCUUAAUUGGAAAGGAAAUUCAAUGAAACAUUCAAAAUCAGCAUGCACAUAGCAAUGACAACAAAUUCGGACUCAUACAGGGCUAUUUUUAUGUUGUAUGCCGAUGUGGCACAACGAUCGUAUCUUGCACAUAACCGGAUCACAUUCUUCCACGGUUGUUUAAACAUCUUUAUCAUUGAUCUUUUAGUAACAAUGUAGGAGAGUGAAAGAGAAGAAAACAAUACAAACUGUACUACUGAGUUGUAAGAUUAGCAAAUGAUUCUGUUUUUGUAUAUAGCACCUCAAGCAAAACGGCAGGUAGCACGAAUCUAUUAUGAUCUACAUAACACAAGGAGCUGCCACUGUGUUACUACUCUGAUCAUUGCGAACGUAAAGCGUCUCGAAUCUAUAUAGCUACAGGACAGUUUCAAUAGAACAAAAAGGGGAAGCAGUAGAGAUGAUGGGUUCAACAACACAAAUCAAUAGUAAUGCUCCGUGAUAGGCAAUGCCUACAACAAUCAACACUAUAGGCAUUAGAAAAAUAUUGAUCCAUGAAGUAUGCGCAUGUAAGAGCAUGGAGGUAAAUGCUGCUCCUGCAAAGUGCAUGCUCGAAUAAAAACUAAUUAAGGGAUUGUUAACUCUUCGAGCUAGCCUAGCUUAUGAGCAAUUUUUUAAGCAUUCCGGAAGUAUGACAGGUGAGAAGUGUACCGUCACAGACAGUUAGGCUUUGUUAUGGCAUUUGACUCAUGAGGCAUCACACAUGGCAAUAUGUUAAUCUAAUGAAAAUACUACCUGAAGACAGUUUUGUACAGGCAUUCUAUGGUUUAGAUUUACAUAGUAGAUCCAUUUUUUCUCUUUUGUAACAUUAAAAUUUUCUAUGGAGUAAGAUUGGACCAUAUCAUAAAACUGUUUCAAUCAAAGUUUUUUUUUAUUUCAAGAAUAGAGCAUAUAUAGAAUGGGAUGUGUGUCGCACAAGGAUUGUGCAUUGCAAAAAAGGAACAAUUUCAAAUUAAAAUCACCUAUUUUUGACUGAUAUAUUUUUCUGAGUAGCUUGUUCCAUGUUUGUCUCAUCAGGCAUAUGCCAAAUCAUUGUCUUAAUCAGCUGAUCUAAUAACCUGUCUGGGAUAGCACAUAUAUGAAUGAAUAUAUUCAGCUGUAGUUUAUUGAAACACAACCGAUCAAAGUAAUUGUGUUGCGAUCGUAGUUUAAUAGGAUGUUUUAUUUAUUUUGUUUUAAGCACACUAUAUGUUUAGCGCGAAGCCUGUGCGGUUGAUUGCAAGGUAUAAGGCGGACAGAGAGAAAUUCCAGCAAUCGAGUGCUUGAGGACCCUGAAGUGAUUCUACCAGACUUACAAAUUUGCAGCUAUGUAAACAUCGAUCGAUACAAGACCCACGUGAAUCACGCUGUUUGAACUUUGUCGAGCAAAAUUGAAAAAAAAACCUCGUAGAGUUUCAGGCACACACAACUUCAAACAAGAGGCGUUUAUUAUUCGACAGCUAAGUACUCCACUCUAUACGGUUCAGGUACGGUGGGCUAGAACGGUAAACUCUAUGAGAAUUCUCUUGUUUGAGUGAUGAGUGAAUUGUGACACGUUCAGUCAGGAAUGCAAUAUCAGUGGAAACAGUAAUUUUAAGGUAAAGUAGUAAUUUGAAGAAAAUAUAAAUAAACACAAAAUACCUGGAAAACAAAUGCAAAAUAAAACCAUUCAUCAUGAACGUGAAA